GACCUGUGCGACAUAUGACCAAGGCCUUGUCUACUACUACUACUGCUUAGUAGUAUCUUUAUUCGCUCAUGCAGUGGGUUCAGUAAGAUCGGCUGCUUCCGGAAACCGGUUCCAGACUCGAUGUACCUACGAGUGCCUUGUUUUUGCGGCUGCUAAGGUAUGUAUAUAUUCAAGGCAGGGUUUAGAAUAAUUAGUACUACUGUACACGGUGGUACUCGCGGUAUGCACCCUGUUGAGGGAGUACCUUUGUCCUAAAUAUUAGCAUGGGCGUUGGUACACGGCAUAUUUAGUAGUGUGUGUAUACUUGUAUAUAUUUGACAGGAUUGUACUGCAUAUGUAGUGCUUAAGGCGGGGGCAUGAGAAUGGUAUAUAUAAUCAAUCCAUUCGUUGAGAUCGCGCGUGAUACGGGGACAAAGGUACUGCAAAUAUGUAUCUCCGGUGCUUGUUCAGGGGGUCUUACCUGUUGGUCUUAUCUCUUGUGCUUUGUCCUACCUGAAUGGGUAAGGUAUGUAAGGUAGUGGUGGUAAAUUUACGUACUUUGUUCUUGUGCUACGACGCUUUUGAGGUGAUGAAGUCACUGACCUUUGACCCACUCCGUGACGUCGUUGGGAGAUCUUGUCUUAAAAUCGGUCUUUUUCUUGGUCUACGUGGUUUCUGCUGGGUAUGUU